UUUGCAUUACAAACAAAAUGGAUGCCUUACAUUCUUUGUUCUGUAUAUCUAUUUAAAAGUUUAUUUCAAAGUGUUCUUUAAUAUGUUAAAAUUAACUUUCUUAUUAUUGUUUAUUGGUAUAUUUUUAAUCGAAAUAAAAGCGUCUGUUCUUUAUAAAGACAACAUCAGAUUUAACAUUAAGAACACAUCAGUAAUUCGAACAAAACGAGAUUUAGACGAAUGUAGCUACAAUGAAUACGAGUGCAAGGACGGCACGUGUGUGCGAGCAAACAGCGAUUGUGAUGGAAUCUACGACUGCGAUGAUGGCAGCGAUGAGGCUUUCUCGCUUUGUAGGAACAGAAAAUGUCGUAAAAAUCAGUUCCGAUGUAACUACGGCGCUUGUAUCGACAGAUAUAAUGAUGUUUGCAAUAAAAGGGUAGAUUGCGUCGAUAGAUCGGAUGAAUUAACUGAACAAUGUACUGGAAUUAAAUUAACAGACGGAGAUAAUUUCAAAUGUCGCAACGGGCAGUUAAUACCAAAGAAGGGACGUUGUGACGGUGUCAGUGAUUGCGCGGAUGCCACCGACGAGAGUGUGGCAGCCUGUGUCAAUGUAACGUGCGGCGUAGGACAGUUUGUAUGCGAAUACGGCGGCUGUGUCGAUGGCAAAUCGCUUUGUAAUGGUACUGCGGAAUGCCGAGAUGGUUCCGAUGAGCGUUUGGAUAUUUGCGGUCGUUUGACCUUGAUCAAGGUGACCGAUGUUUCCACGACGGAGGCGCCGCUCGCCACUCCUAAAUGCAUCCUACCCCCGGAGCCUCAGAACGGCGUCUACAGAAUAAUUAGCGAGACCAACUCAAGUGACGCAGACUACGUUUAUUUGCAAUAUGAUUGUUAUCCAGGAUUCAGACUAAUUGGGGAACCUAAGAUAUUAUGCUGGAGAGGAGUAUGGCCUAGGAUACCGUUUUGUAUACAAACCUGUCCCUUACGUAAAGACCCCAGUAUAGAGUAUCAGUGCACAGAAGAAGAUCUGGAGACACCUCGGCAGUGCGGGGAGGAGGAGGUGGAGGGGUCGCUAGUGCGGGCCUCGUGCCGGCAGCCGCACUACUACUCGCCGGUGGAGCUGCCCUACAUGCAGUGCAGUCAAGGAGCUUGGAGUUCAGGACCCGUCUGUGUUGCAGAAUGUGGUACAACGCCACCUAUUGUCUCUCAGCUGGUGCUGGGCGGGGAGACAGCCAGACAUGGAGAGGUCCCCUGGCACGCCGGGAUAUACUUUAAAGACCCCUCUAAUGACAGUUACAAGCAGAUUUGCGGGGGCUCGUUAGUUAGUACUACUGUAGUACUGUCAGCCGCACAUUGCUUCUGGAACGAAGUGACAAAACGGUUAGAGAACAAACAUAACUACGCGGUGGCGGUCGGCAAACUGUACCGCGACUGGGACCACCAUAAAGACGAGAGAUUCGUUCAAAAAUCUAACAUCAGUAAGGUAGUUGUACCAAAGCUAUACCGUGGUAUAGAAUUGGACUAUCACCACGAUAUCGCAGUAGUUGUGGUGACGAAACCGUUUGAGUACAAAUUGUACAUUAGCCCCGUCUGUUUGGACUUCAGACCUGACUUCAAUAAUGAACAGCUGCAAAGCGGACAGCUGGGGAAGGCAGCCGGUUGGGGUUUGACAACGAAAUACCGUGGCUCCGAGUCCCAGGAGUUGAAAGUGAUUGAAUUGCCUUACGAAGACCUGGACAGAUGUAUUAAUUUGACAUCACGACAACUAAAACAUUAUGUGGUGUAUGACAAGAUAUGCGCCGGCUCUUUGGAUGGGGAGGGUCUCUGUCGGGGAGACAGUGGGGGAGGGCUGGCCUUCCUCUCGGAGGUGUCCGGAGUGUCGCGGUACUACCUCCGCGGAGUCGCCUCCACCAGCCCCUUGCUCAGUAACGACGUCUCCUGUAAUGUCAACUCUCUUACUAGUUUUACCGCUAUUUUAACGUAUGAGGAUUUUAUUAAGCGAUAUUUAUGAUUAUAAUAUUCAUUUGUACUCUUAUCUUUAUAUAAAUAAAAGAUUCAUAAAAAAA